AUGCAUAUUUACAAUGAAACUCGGUCUCCUGCUCCAUGCAGAUAUUUUGCAAGUCCGGAUGACAAUGACACUUAUUCAGUCAAUUCAAGUCCUCCUCCCCUCCCCCCUCCUCAAGAUCCUCCCCUUCCACAAGAUCAGGCAGCUUCAACAACAGCAGGACAAGCUUCAAUGUCAUCUUCUGCAGAUUCUCCUUUUGGUUCCCCAGACCCAGAUCCACUCUUAGCUUCAUACUAUUCAGGCACCACCGGUACAAGCACUGCUACUGCUAGCACAACUGCUAUUAAUAGUCAGUCGUAUGCCCACUACACCCCUGCUUAUGAAGAAGAAUCCGAAGAUUCACUGCUUCAAAACAUUGCCAGGGUGGCUGUCAGUGUUGCCAGACCUCCAAGCUUUCAAAAGGCCGUUCCCAAGAAGCAAGUUGCCAGAGCAAUCUCCAAGCUAUUGAACGUCACAUCCGCCCUCCGAAGCCACGAACUCCUAGCUCACCUUCUAGAUCAAUACGACUAUUCAGAGCAACCCAGUUCUGCCGCUCUAGCACAGCAACUCCUCGAACGAUUCCCCACCAACGAAAUUCCAAACAUCAUCCCUACAGAUCAAGCCCUGGUAUUCUUCACACGAUACACGCCAACCUUUCAGAGACAACGACAAGAUCAUGCCUUCUUUUGGGAGCUAGUGCAGAAACCAGCCAAUCCGAUUCCUAUUCACAGAUUCUCUUCUACUAGUACUACUAUUAUUAAUAGUACCACUAUGCCAAAAUCAACGGCAACAACAACAACAACAACACACACUGCAGAUCCACCACUGGCUCGUUGGUACUUGCAUCCAAUAUAUUACAGGUGUUACACUAGAGACCAGGAUGGGACCAUCAUUCCCAUGGAGGAUCCGCAAACGCUACAGCUCAUUGAAGAACAGAUGCAUCAAUGGGUCAACUUUCACAUUCAAGUCACCAACGAACUCUUGCAAAAACUACAAGGAGAUCAGGCCAUUGCAGUUGCCAUGCCAGGAGAAGAACAAGAUUUGAUCUUGCAGGGGGGCAACUGGAUACAUCGUCCAUUUCCACCGCCACAUCUGGACAGUAGCAACAACAGCGAUAGACCGGGCAAUUCCAGCUGUUCGACACGUCCCGGAACCUACAACGCACCAUUGGAGACUACACCCAAUAACAAAAGAACUACAAGCGCCACGGUCGGCUUGGUUGUCUUGUGCUCGACGAUUGGUUUCACUAUUCUGUGGUUGUUGGCUGCCAUGAUUCACGGACGCCAACGAGUGGAACAAGAGAUUUGGAGUGCCAACGUUGGCACCGAACAAGCACUACAAGAUCUUCUCAGUAUUGGAUGGCAACUGCACGAUCAACACGACGUCGGAAAGGAACCAGUACAAGUGUUGAUCAUAUAUGACAAGACAGAGCAUGGAAUGGAAGUGGAAUAUAGCAAGGAGGGAUCCUUGCGAGCCGGGGGCUUGGAACCGCCAGUGUUCCCAACUAUUACUGUGGAGGACCAAGACUUGUAG